AAGUCAUGGUUUGGUUGUGGCCUUCUCAAACGCCUUAUAUACUUGCCAUUCCCUGAUCCUUCCUUCUACAUUGGUGCAUUUCUGUGUCUUCCGAACAAAUUUCACUAGCCAAACCAAAAAGUUCCUCACACUACAUCACACUUUCUGAGUAUCUUCAAACGCAAUCAAUUGGUAUAUCUAAUCUGUGCUGUGCAUAAUUUGCUCCAUCAGCUGUGGGAAACAUGGGAGCACCAUUUAAGGGAAUAAUUCAAGAUUUCAAGGGAAGAGCUCAAUGCUAUAAACAAGAUUGGAUUUGUGCACUCUGUUCUGGCGUUAGCAUAUUGGCUCCAACUUUCUACAUAUUCUUUGCUUCUGCUCUUCCUGUCAUUGCUUUUGGAGAACAGCUUAAUAGGGAUACAGAUGGAACCUUGAGCACAGUGGAAACAUUGGCAUCUACUGCUAUUUGUGGAGUUAUUCACUCAAUAUUAGGUGGCCAACCUUUGUUGAUUUUAGGAGUUGCUGAACCAACUGUCAUAAUGUACACUUACCUCUACAGUUUUUGCCAAAAAACACCUGAACUGGGUGGCAAGCUCUUUCUGCCUUGGGCUGGUUGGGUUUGUGUUUGGACGGGAGUCUUUUUGAUUCUGCUUGCAAUUUUCAAUGCUUGCACAAUUAUCACAAGGUUUACAAGAAUUGCAGGGGAGUUGUUUGGCAUGCUCAUAACUGUUCUUUUCUUUCAAGAGGCUAUAAAGGGAUUGAUAGGCGAGUUCAACAUGCCAAAGAAUGAAAAUCCUUCCUCAGUGGAAUUUCAAUUCCAGUGGCUGUAUACAAAUGGAUUACUCGCAAUCAUUUUCUGUUUUGGACUACUCGUCACUGCCCUUAAAAGCAGAAGAGCUAGAACGUGGCGAUAUGGAACAGGGUGGCUACGAGGAUUUAUAGCAGAUUAUGGGGUUCCAAUGAUGGUAGUGUUAUGGACUGCACUGUCUUAUACUGUACCAGGCAAAGUUCCAGAUGGUGUUCCUAGAAGGCUCAUUUCUCCCCUUCCCUGGGAUGCUGCAUCUCUCUAUCACUGGACAGUAGUGAAGGACAUGGGGAAGGUACCAGUGGUUUAUAUAUUUGGGGCAAUUAUUCCAGCUCUGAUGAUAGCAGGCUUAUACUUUUUCGAUCACAGCGUAGCUUCGCAGAUGGCGCAACAGAAAGAAUUUAACCUUCAAAAGCCAUCUGCCUACCACUAUGAUGUUUUGCUGCUUGGAAUAAUGACUUUGAUUUGCGGGAUCCUUGGCCUUCCUCCUUCAAAUGGAGUCCUUCCACAGUCCCCCAUGCAUACAAAGAGUUUAGCAGUUCUUAGGAGGCGGAUGAUCCGAAAGAAGGUGGUGAAGAGCGCCAAGGAAUGUAUUAAGCAACGAAGGACCAACUCUGAAUUAUAUGGAAAGAUGCAAGAGGUGAUUGUAGAAAUGGAUACAGACCCUACGGUUAAAGAAUUGGAGAAUUUGAAGGAGGCUGUAAUGCAAUCUGAUAGCAAGGAUGGAGCAAAGGAAAAAUUUGAUCCUGAGAAACACAUAGAUGAAUAUCUACCAGUGCGGGUUAAUGAGCAAAGAAUGACCAACUUAUUGCAGUCUCUCCUGGUUGCUGUAUCAAUCUUAGCCAUGUCAGUUAUCAAAAGGAUACCAACCUCAGUUCUAUGGGGAUAUUUUGCUUACAUGGCAAUUGAUAGUCUCCCAGGGAAUCAGUUCUGGGAAAGGAUAUUGCUUCUCUUCGUCACCUCAAGCCGGCGUUACAAAAUUUUGGAAGGUUCUCAUGCCUCUUUUGUGGAGACAGUACCAUUCAAGACCAUAGCUGCAUUUACAGCCUUACAGUUAGUAUAUUUUGCGUUAUGUUUCGGGGUGACUUGGAUACCUAUAGGUGGAAUAUUGUUCCCCGUACCAUUCUUCCUUCUCAUAAUUAUAAGAGAACACUUGCUUCCAAAGAUGUUCAAGCCUAACCAUCUUCAAGAACUAGAUGCUUCUGGUUAUGAGGAAAUUAUUGGUGCUCCACAUGGUUCACUGAGGGAUAAGGAGCCAGAUACUGAUACUGAUGGAAGCUCGGAAGACUUUUACGAUGCAGAGAUAUUGGAUGAGAUGACAACCAACAGGGGAGAGUUGAAACUUAGAACUGUAAGCAGCUUCAAUGAUAGAAACCACAGCUUCAGUGAAGACAGACACACUCAGGUUUAUCCUGGAAAUGCUGUCUGAAUAUGGUGAAAUCUCACUGCACCAACCAUUUUUUAGGAUGCAGAAAGGAUUUGGGAUAAUAGUAUGUUCCUCUGUAAAGGAGUGCUCAUAAUUUUUUGUGUGGUCCGUUAAGGUUGAAGAUGAUCUUCUGUGGAACAAGAAAGGAUUCAAUCGGUGAAAGAGAUGAAAUGCAAAAAGAAUCAGAAGUGGACAAAAAAUGCAUUUGAACUUUGAAAUGGGCUUUCAAUAUUGGUAGGAAAACACACUGAAAUGUUGAGAUCAAGGGUUAAUUCCUUCCUUAGAUGGCUACAAAGUUCUCAAAAUAAUGAGUCAGGUUCGGGUGGAGGGAAAAGACUCGUGUUAUGAGGGGGAAAAGGAAAAGGGAGGGUAAAGCAAGGAAAUGAGAAUACUAUACAAUUAUUUUUUGAAGUUAAAAUAUAGAUAGAUGUCAGUAGAGUAUUCUUUAUUUUUUUUUUGUUAACACUCAUUGUUUUCAUUGGAUACAGUAGAGAGUUUGUAAGGAAACUUUAUCAAUUCAAUUGGCCUGAGUACCAUGCUUAAUUAUUUUGUUUGUAACAAUCAACAAAGGCGAAGGGUAUUCCAUCAGAGCAUUCAACGACACUACAAUGGAAUAGAAUUUGGUUGAUAUUUUUAGGCUGCAUGUGAGUAUGUAUAAAAAAUAAUGAUUCUUUUUA